AGGAGCACAACCCUGCCGAGAGGAAGCGCAGAGAAAGUCCUGAAUGAGUUCGGCUGCUUCUUCACCUUCAGUCAAACUCUCUCCUCCUUCUUCUUCAUGUCUUCUCUCUGAACUCGCUGUUUUUAAUCGUGCGGGUGUCGGGACAUCAUGAACGGCUCUCUGCGCCCCUCACCCAGCGUGGUGGACAUCAAGCUGAAGCGAGGACCGGCAGGUCUGGGCUUCAACAUAGUUGGAGGUGUGGACCAGCAGUAUGUUGUGAAUGACAAUGGAAUAUACGUGGCCAAAAUAAAAGAAGAUGGAGCCGCGGCGUUGGAUGGGAGACUCCAAGAGGGGGACAAGAUCCUGGCGAUCAAUGGAGUCCAGCUGGAGGAUCUGAUGCAUAAAUCUGCAGUGGAUUUGUUCAGGAUGGCCGGGGAGGAUGUGGAUCUCCGUGUUCUGAAGAAGUUGCUUCAAAACGAUAACGGAUCCACAGACCCACAACCCGAUCAACCCUCCCCGGCGCUCUCCCUGGGAGUCCUGCUCGCUUUAGCCGGGGCCGCCGUCCUCUUCUCGUUCGUGUACACGCGGCACAUCCGGAAACACUUUUAACUAAACAUGCUUGUAUGUCUGUAUGUUAUAUUUUUUUAAGAUCGAAAACUUUGCUAAAGGCCAAAGAACUUAAAGAGGGAGCAGACUCGAAACGGUAGACCUUAUUUUUUUAUUAGCAAGCGUUGGUGUCACGGACGAGUUUCCCCAUGUUCAUGUUUAUUAUGUGAUGACUGGUAGCUUCUUGACUCCCUUCCGAAGCAGGACCAUGCACUCUUACCACAGAGGUAACUUCUAAUAGAUAAACUUUGUGAUGUAAGUGGACAAAGAAGGAUGCACUCAUGACAUUCCCGCUGCCGGGCUGAGGCUCAGGCAGGAACACGCGGCGACUGUUUGAAACUUGGGUUCAAGUCAGACGGAAAAGCUUUGGGGGUCCAAUCACAAAUCGAGAGAAGUUGCCAUGUUCAGUCACUCGUGGGUCUGUACCUGAUGUGAGGGGGGGGGGGGGCAUUAUCUGUCUGUCAUUUCAGUCUAUCGGUGUUCAAAGUUCACUUGAAUGAGUUUGAUUUUCAUUUUGCUCUGUUGCACAGAAUCAUGGGAGAAUCCGGCCGCGCUGCUUAGACGGAGCCCGGGAAUGAAAGAGUUUGAAGUUAAAGCGAUAAAUUGCGUCUGGUAAUGGACCUUUUUAUUUGUGCCUUUUGUCGUCCGUUUCAAGUGGUCGGUUCUUUUUCCUCCUUAUCGUUGAUCAAAAUGAAAAUCAACCCACUACAUCCAAUAAAUUAAAGUAUAAAACCAUAUAUAUAUAUUUUUUUUUCCCUCCUGACAACAAACCCCAUAAAAGUCUCCAAAUCAAACGAUCAGUUCAUCCAUAUUUAAUAGUUUCCAACUUACUCAACCACAAGCUCAUCUCUUCAACAUGUAAAUAUUUAAGAACAAGUCACAAAUGUAUAGUUUCACUUAAAAAAAACAGCUCGGUAACUUCGACACUGUCGCUUUUAGUAAACAGCUGCAAACACGUUCAGCGACUUUGUCUAUGGUAUUGACUAAACUGUUGUGCCCAUGUUUAAUCGAGUUCGAUCUAUCAGACAAAACGUGUUGGGGUUUAUUGACGGGCAUAGAAAUAUAGAUUUUCACCAGAUUUACACUUGUUUAAAAUAUCACCUGCUAUUUUCACAAGAGUUUAUAAUAGAUUUUUAUUUCACUCAGGGUCAACACUAAUUAUAUAUCAUGAGGUGAGCAGCCCACCUGGAUAUGUUCAGUCACAGCCCAAGACAGAUCCGCCAUGUUUGUGUCGAAGCAAUUUGUUAAAACCAUUCUCUCCUCGUUCUGCGUCUAAACACAUCGCACCUUCCACUUCGGGAUUCUUCUUGUGGGUUGAAAGUGAAAAUCGGAGGAUGUUGUAUUAAAGGGAAUGAGUUGUUGUGUUAGUGUGAAGGACAAGCAGCUUGAUACUGAGGAGCAGCUUGUGCCAGUUUCACUUAAAGGAGAGUUUUCUUGUAAUGAUUCGCUGUCAACAACUUUAAAUGUUUUAUUUGCACUAUCCACAAUCAUGGGACUCGACCAUAGAGCAGAUGAAGUGUAUGAAUUGUGAGUCCUGGGUGUUGUUGUCCACAUUUUUCAGUCUGCAUAGCGUCUGUAAUGUAACUGUCUCCGACUAUUUGUUUGUAAAUACAUUUCAUGUUGCUCUGCUGAUUAGGGCUGUGAAUAUGCAGUAUGCCAGAAGAAAAGAUCACAAGCACUACUACAUUAUUGCAAAUACAGUGUGUUUGACAUCCAAGCACCAAUUAAAAUUCAUGAUGAAUUCA